CACUUCUUGAACUCUUCCAUCCAAAUAAACAAUCACUCAAUCAAUCACUACAUCACUCUCAUCCAAAAUGUCUGCCAUCCCCACCUCCACCUCGGUCAUCGAGUCUGCCGUCAUUGAGGCCUCCUUCAGCGACGUCUGGCACCUCAUCAAGCUCCAGGACUUCUCCAAGUUCUACUCUGCCCUCGAGUCCUCCGAAUGGGUCAAGGGCUCUUCUCCCGACACCGACAUCGUCAAGUGGACCUUCAAGGACGGCACCGUCCUCGAGGUUAAGCAGGAGGAGCACUCCAGCAUCGACCACUACAUCACCUACAGCGUCAUCUCAUCCCAGCCCGCCCUGAGCUACACCUCCGUCGUCAGCACCAUCCGCGCCUACCCCAUCACCUCUGGCCAGAACGAGGGUCAGACCUUUGUCACCUGGAGCGGAAACUUCUCCAGCGACGCCGACGCUGGUGUUAUCGCUGACGCCAAGUUCAAGCGCCGUGAGGCCCUCGCCGACCUCGCCAAGGCUGCUUCCAAGAAGUAAAAAAAAAUGGUGUUGAUGGAAACGUUCGAGACAGGUUUUUUGAAGGAAAUGAAAUGAUAUUACCACAACGCAAUGCGAUGCGAUGCGAUGGAUGAUGGAUGGGCAGAUUACGGUUAUCACUUGUAUAUGUAACUUAUCGCCCAACCUCUGAUGAAUUCACAGUCAAUGUCUGAUUGCGCCUGA